AAGACGUGUUUCAGUUGCACAUCUGCGUAGCCCUCAUCACUACGCGUGCGUGUGCUGCUCUGGAUCGAUCUUUGCCGAUUCGUCAACAUCGCUCAUUGUUGCUGUUGUGCAGAUAAUUAUAGUAUCAUCGUAUUCGUGUUCUCGCCAUCAACACUCAGCCAAUCAUCCAGCAUGCGUGAAGUAGUAUCACUGCACAUUGGCCAAGCCGGUGUUCAAAUCGGCAAUGCCUGCUGGGAGUUGUACUGCCUUGAGCAUGGCUUUGACGCAAGCGGUAUGCGGACGGAUGAAUCCGGUGCAACCAGCGAGAAGGAGUCCUUUGGCACGUUCUUCAUGGAGACCGGCUCGGGCAAGCAUGUGCCGCGUGCCGUGUUUGCUGACCUGGAAUCCUCUGUAAUCGACUCUGUAAGAACCGGUCCGCACCGCAGUCUCUACCACCCCGAUCAGCUCAUUACUGGCAAAGAGGAUGCUGCUAACAACUAUGCUCGAGGCCACUACACGGUCGGCAAGGAAAAGAUCGAAGAAAUCUUGGAGCGAAUUGCCAAGCUGACGGAUCAGUGUGACGGUUUGCAAGGAUUUCUCAUCUUCCACUCGUUUGGCGGCGGCACUGGCAGCGGCUUGACCUCACUGCUCAUGGAGCGCUUGUCCGUGGACUAUGGCAAGAAGAGUAAGCUGCAGUUCCUCAUCUAUCCUGCACCGGAGACGGCAACAGCGGUGGUGGAGCCGUACAACAGUGUACUGGCGGCACACACAACACUGGAACACUCCGACUGCUCCUUUGUGAUGGACAACCAGGCCAUCUUUGGACUUUGCAAGAAACAGCUGUCGAUCGAGCGGCCGUCCUACUCGCACUUGAACCAUUUGAUUGCGCAGGUGGUAUCGUCGAUCACCGCGUCGCUGCGUUUUCAGGGCUCGCUUAACGUGGACCUGAACGAGUUCCAGACAAACUUGGUCCCUUACCCGCGCAUCCACUUCCCCCUGGUGUCCUUCAAUCCACUAGUGUCUGCUGACAAGUCCCAUCAUGAAUUACACAGUGCUGGUGACAUAACCAAUGCUUGCUUUGAGGCUAGUAACCAGAUGGUGACGUGUGAUCCCAAGAUGGGAAAGUAUAUGGCUUGCUGUCUCCUGUAUCGAGGUGACGUGCAACCGAAGGAUGUCAACCAAGCCAUCGGUAUGAUCAAGAACAAGAAGACGGUGCAGUUUGUGGACUGGUGCCCGACUGGCUUCAAGAUUGGCAUCAACACUCAGCCAGUGUCGAUCCUGCCCGACGGUAUCAUGGCACCGAUCAAGAGAGCCGUAUGCAUGCUGUCCAACAAUACCUCCAUUGCUAGUGCUUGGGAACGUCUUGACCACAAGUUUGACUUGAUGUAUGCCAAGAGAGCUUUUGUUCACUGGUAUGUUGGAGAAGGUAUGGAGGAGGGCGAAUUCUCUGAAGCCCGUGAAGACAUGGCCGCAUUGGAAAAGGAUUAUGAGGAGAUUGGACAGGAAACAGUUGAAGGUGACGGUGGCGCUGACGAUGAAGAGUUCUAAGGAUACGUGUGCUCAAACUGUUACCUGCCCUCUACAUGUACAUGUAUGUGCGUCUCUUUCCGUCGGAUAUCACCACCAAUCUACACUCCUAUCACCCCUCCUCGGCAAACACACUUCACACUGAGCCCACAGCUUCAGGUUCCAGUGAUCCGAGCGUUGUCUAGCGUCUGAAUUCUAUCGACCAUUACAGGUUUAUCAAAGUGCCUUCGCCUGUCUUUCCAGUUUGUUUCUUCUUCUCUGCUUGUUCACAUUGCGGAAAUCAAUAGCUGAUCGAAUGAUAGCAUAGGUCCAAUAAUGUUCUCCUUUUUCCCCCUUUUAUUUUAGUUGUAUGUGAAUCAUAACCAACCAAGA